UCUCUCUGUCUUUUUUUCUCACCAGCAGCGAGCACCCAUUAUCACCACAAACAGACUUUAGAGCAUCUGACAGCACCCACCCUUUCGUUGGCAUAAGUUAGUUCCGCCAGCCGUCUCUGUUUCCGCGUAAGCACCCAAUGACGCUGGCUCCGACAACACACCCGGAUCCAGAGACACCAGCGAACGACUUUCCCGAGUCUCCGCAGAAAGCGUCCGCCCCACAACCGGCCAGCGAGAAUAGCGCCAGCUCACCCCGGACAACAAUGACGACACAGAUGUCUCCACUGUCGCCCACCCCGUUAUCUGUAUCCAAAGUACAGACACAGGAAUUGCAGCCGACAACAUCUGUGUUCACCGGGCCGGAGGAGAUCCCCGAGGACCCUGUCCAUACAGAAACAACGGUUCACAUGGAAGAGAUUGCAGAUCCGGUCUCAGAUUCUGAAACAACGGCCGAUAAAGCAAAUCAGGUGCCUUCUCAGGGAGAGGAAAAGCACCAGGAAACAACAGUAAUGUACAAAGAACACCAAGUCAUCAGAGACGAUCCGAACAGUGAUAGCGGAGAUAAUUCUCCACGAAGGGUGAAGCUCUACACACUCUCUGCAGACAAAUGGGUUGACUGCGGUACUGGAUACUGCAGCGGUAAACUUGAGCCCAUACCGCACUUUUUUGUGGUGAAUGAGUCUGACCCGAAAGACGUUCUUCUAAACUCCCCAAUACGAGGCUCCACCCAGUACCAACGGCAGCAGGACACUUUGAUAGUAUGGACUAACGAAGACGGAACUGACUACGCGUUGUCGUUCCAGGAAACAGACGGCUGUCUGCAGCUCUGCGAGUUCUUAAUUGAGAUCCAGAACAACAAAAUUGCUCCCAACAUCAGCCUCGUGGCCAUCAUACAAAGUGCCGAGGGAGAGAUAACAGAGAUCAUUGCCGGCCCGGCACCCGAGUUGCCCGUCCCGAGCGUCGAGAACUUGGAGAACAUCUUGGACAUGCUAACGAUAAAUCAGUUCAAAAAUAGGAUCAUCGGCCAAAUAUUGAAGAGUGGUGGCGAAUGGCUGGUUCAACUCGCGCACAUCUUCACCUCCUGCGAGGACAACCACCAGCUCUCCAACAUCUACUGUCUCAGCGACAUUGUCAAAACCUUGGUCUAUUUCAACGAGAUCGACAUUUUUGAAUUGCUCAUUCAGGGAGAUAUAUUGCAAAAUGUUGUUGGCAUUUUGGAAUACGAGCCGGAAUUCCCCGGCCUGAAGAUGAAUUGGAGAGACUUUUUGAACGAAAAGGUCAAGAUCAAGGAGGUAAUCAAGGUCAACGAUGACGCAAUAGAAGAAGAGAUCAGAAAGUGUUUUGUCUUGCGGUUUUUGAAAGAUGUCGUGCUGGCUAGACUCCUAGACGACUCGGGACUCAACUGUAUUUCGACAAUGAUUCAAAACAAAGAAAGCCGGAUCUUAGACUUCAUGCAGAACAAUGACAGCUUUUUGAAAGAGUUGUUUGCAUUAUAUGGCGAUGACGAAGACGAAGAAGAUGACGAAAAAAGUCUAGAAAAAUACCGGAGGAAAAUAGAUGGAAUCAAGCUCAUCAACCAAUUCGUUCUUAUCUCGAAAACACAGCAACCUUUCCAAAGAACCGAAUUCUACAAAGCCUUGAUUGCCAAGGGGUUGAUGUCGAUGAUCAAGUUUUCCACGAGAGAGAAGGAGAUUGAAAGCCGAAUCCUGGUCACCGAGGUAAUUGUCACUAUUAUCGAGCAUGAGAUACUGCUCUUCAAGAACUCCAACGAGGAGAUGCUAAUGAACACCCUUAUAAACAUACUGAUUGGCGAGAAAAACAUAGGCUUGAAAACGCAGGCGUUUGAAGCCAUCAAGAUUUUGAUCGACCCAAACAACCUGGUCGAGUCGAACAACAAGCUGAUCAACGAUAGCGUCAACAUCAGCGAGCUAGUCGACGACUCCUUUUUCAGCGACUUCUACGAAAAGUCGGCACUCAAGCUGUUCCAGCCGAUAAUCACCAUCAUCGAGGACGACAAAACCCCGCCAGACGCGGCGUACAGCAGAGAAGACUUGGUCACCCUCGAGGACCUCUGCGAGCUUCUCGGGUUCAUUUCCAAGUUUCACGACUCUGUAUUUAGCCGGUCGUUUAUCCUCGAAAACCACCUGUUGAAGGGCAUCAACAAGCUCAUCGCCCCGCGUUUCAAGUACCAGUUGCGUUUGAGCGCUGUGCGCUGUUUGCGCAACAUCGUCUUGCUCAACGAUGAGUUCUACACCCGCUACAUCAUUGAGAACGACAUACUCAGCGGCUUCAUGCAAAUUCUGCACGAAUCUAACGACUACAACAACCUCGUCAACUCCACCUGUCUCAACUUCCUAAACAUCGUCAUCGAGAACCUCGAGGUGCCCAACUUUCAGCUCUUGCGCAGGUAUCUUGCCGACAACUACCACGAUAUCCUAAAGGGGAAUUUUCUCGGCGUUAGUCUCUUGGCGCUCCCACAGCCGCCCUCCGAGCCGGGCGAUGCAGCCACAGACAACAACGGCGACGAGGACAACGAUACUGAUGUGUCUACCGCCAACCUCGAGCCGGCUAAUCCUCCAUCAUCGUCGUCAACUUCAAGUAACAAGGGUAAGCGGGCACUGGAGACUGAGGAGCAAGCUGACUCCGACGCCCACGGCGGAAUGACCGGCCUGCAUGACGGGAUAGGGAACAGCGACAAAAAGAAGAAAAUGUCAACCUAGCGACAGAAUGCCAAAGCGGGGAAACUUGUGGGGUCGCUCUGGGGCCCCCAUAAAAGGAGGGCUGUUUGUGCUGACGGGCCUGUCAAGACUCUCUGAAGCCAGCAACUGUUAGAUAUGUACUCUGCGGAUCACAAGAUUCAACACAGAAACACGAUGGAGAAUCACGAAUAUUUUAAAGUAUGGCAGGAGGGCCUUUUCCAGGGAAAAGCGUGCCUUAUCACAGGCGGGUCUGGAACAAUAUGCAGACAGCAGGCAGCGGCGUUGAUGAAGCUCGGAUGCUCGGUGUCCAUUGUCGGAAGAGAUCAGGAAC